AUGUUGCGACUAGGUCGAAUGCGUUCUCUGGCGAGCGCAGCAGCGGCUGCAACUGCGGCUGCGGUGCUAUCGCUCACCACUGUUGACUCGGGCUCGAACGGGUCUCUGGGAACGCCACCAGCGGCUUUGCGUUUCAACGCGUUACUCAGACGCGCGGCUGGUACCUGGAGCGCAGAGGCACAGUCCCUGGAUCUUCGUCUUGGUGGAGGACAGCUGGUCCUUCGGCCGGAUGCUUGGACGAGCUGGAAACUGGUACGAGCCACAGCCGAGACGCCUACCACAAAGCGACUUGUUCUGGAACCUAUCGCGGAUCCUGAGUCCGGUAUCACCGUUGCGACAAGCACGCCACUAGAAAUCCCACCGAUAUCUUGCGUACUUUUCCGAGCUACCCCCGGAGAGCCGGCAGGCGAACCCGUGGUCAGACCCUACAACCCUAUCAGCCCGCGGUAUACCAACGGCCCGCUGACAUUCCUUGUGCGGCAAUACCCGGACGGACGCAUGUCGAACCUGUUGCACGAUAUGCGUCCGGGGGACACCAUACAGCUUAAGGGUCCUUUCGAACAGUAUCGUUUUGUGGAGAAGGAUCAUGCCAACCAGCAGAUUGUCUUCAUUGCUGGUGGCACCGGGCUAACCCCGUGCCUGCAACUAAUCCAUGACCUCGUGGAGCGACAGCGGGAACCGGAGCCAGAGAAGCGACCCUCCAAGUUGACGUUGAUUUUUGCCAACAACACGGAAAUGGAAAUUUUGCUUCGCGAGGAGCUGGAUGAAAUGGCUGCAUCCAGUAAUGGUUUCUUAGAUAUUCAUUAUUUGGUUCGGGAAGCCCCUCUGGUGCCGGGACCGCAACUCAUGCAAGGAAUCGUGUCGCGGCGGUAUCUGGAAGAGCGCCUGCCGCCUCCGGAACAGAACCCACUGAUUUUCGUGUGUGGCCCACCGGGAAUGAUGGAGCUGGUAAGUGGACCUAAGACCAAGGAUAAGAAGCAGGGGCAGCUCGCUGGAAUCCUCCGCGAUCUCGGGUACACAGAGUCCCAUGUCUGGAAGCUGUAA